AUGCCAAAAAAGUGUUAUGUACCUGGGUGUAAAACAGGUUAUGCUAGCGAGUCAAAAAAAUUAAAAUUAAGUAAUGAAAAAAACCCAACAUUAUUUAGUUCACCAAAGGAUGAUAAAACUCGAGAAGURUGGAAUAAAAGUAUUCCUCGAGGUGAUAGAAAAUUAACCAAAAAAGACCAUGUAUGUUCUCUACAUUUUGACCCGGACAGCAUCAUUAAAUAUGAUGAAUUUAAACUAAGUGACGGUGUAAUAGAAWAAAUACAAAGAACUACUCCAAUUUUAAAAUCAGAGGCGAUUCCAACAAUUUUUCCAGGUGUUCCCAAAUAUUUAACCAAAA